ACUCGUGGGAAAAGUAAUAUAACCUCAUACAAUUAUUUUGUGAUGAAAUGUCAUGAUCAAUGUUUUAUUUAUAAAAAUUAUGAAUCAUGAAUCCUGAAGAAAGUGAAGUGACAAAUGCGGCAAAGAGGAAAUUGGAAGAGACAAGUUGUGAUAAUAAUGCUAAAAAUAAUAGGAAAAAAAAGCGUUUUAUGUGGAAUAAUAAAUGUGUGACAGAAGCGGUCUACAAUCUGCGACUGAAACAACAGCAAAAUUUUAGGAUACGAAAGAAAUCAACGAGUGAGGAUCUGCCGCCUGAAUCCAAAGCUGCUUCUAAAAAACAGAAAAUGGUAUUUGGACGUAGAAUAAUUGAUGUAGAUCUAUGGGCUCAGAAUGACCGAUGCAAAAAAUGCGGGCAGAUCUUAUCAUUAGCGAACAUCAUUGAGGAAAAUCGCCAUGGGCUAGCUUCACUCUUGAUAAUCCAUUGUCAAGAAUGUUUGCUCGAAAAUUCAAUCACCACGGAUAAAACAUUUACGGCACCAGAUGGCAAAACAAUGUAUGAUGUUAAUGCACGAAUCGCACUAGGACUUAUCGAUGCUGGUAUGGAUUGGAGACAUCUUAAUAAAUUAUUAGGGGUUUUGGAUAUGCCACCUUUCAAUAAUCACUUGCUCUAGACGCAUGAAGAGCUGGUUGGAGAAGCUGUGAGACAAGUUGCCGAAAGGAGUUGCAAAACUGCUGCCGCGUUAGAAAGACGUUUGACUCUUGAAAAAUUCCUAUCCAUAAAAAAAUCCUUGUAGGUUUUUUCCGUUUUGCGUUUUUUUUUCGCUUUGUAGGUGCUUCGCUUUAUCAUUCAUCGCUUUCCGCUUUUUAUUGUAGUUUAUCCAUUCAUAAUUUCAUCGAUUAAUGCAUGAAAAUACAAUUUAAACAUUUCAUUUAAUUUGAAGUAUAUUGAUUAGUUGAAGAGUAGUGCUGGGCUUAGUUAUGAUGCAAAAUAAAAUAAAGAAAAAACUUGUUCCACCCAGCCAUUCACCCUAAUUCUUUUAAAUUGUUAAAUAAAUGGCUUUAUUGGUUAGACUCAAGCCUGAUUAAAUGAAGUCAUUUUUUUAUAAUUUGA